AUGAGAAACCAUAUAAUGUCAUUUGAUGAAAAUUCUUCAUCAAGCAUCGCAAAUAGCAACGUAACAGAAACAAAAAGUUUUACAGACAAUGAAAAGAAGAAUUUUGAGAUUCCUCAAAUAGUAGAAGAGGCAAAUUCUACAGUCGACGCUCAACAGGAUGAUGACAAUGAAAUAAUCCAAUAUCCAGAGGGUCAAAAAUGGCAAAAAACUGAUUAUUUUAGUAGUACAACAAAGGAAUAUCUAUUCGUAUUCUCCUGCAUGAUGAGCCAACUACUGAACCAAGCUGCCACUCCUCAAACACUUUCCAUAAUGAAUGUUCUGUCGGAUUCAUUUAAAUCCGAAGGCGGUAAUCAAACUUGGUUAAUGGCAUCCUUUCCAUUAGUCUCAGGUUCUUUCAUUUUGAUCAGUGGUAGAAUCGGUGAUAUUUAUGGUUUGAAGAAAGGCCUGAUAGGUGGUUACAUAAUGUUUAUCAUAUGGUCCAUCAUAUCUGGUUUAACCUAUUACUCCCAUAAUGAUACAUUUUUUAUUGUUUGUAGAGCUUUCCAAGGUCUUGGAGUGGCCUUUAUUUUACCCAACGUAUUAGGUAUCGUGGGUAACGUUUAUAUACCUGGAACCUUCCGUAAGAAUAUGGUAAUCAGCAUGAUUGGUGCUUGUGCCCCAAUCGGUGCAGCUCUAGGGUCAACCUUUGCUGGUUUAAUCGGUACAGAGGAUCCAAAUCAAUGGCCGUGGGCUUUUUAUGCGUUUGGUAUUACAUCUGCUAUCAAUUUAUCAAUCUCUAUAUAUGGUAUCCCAAACGAUAUUCCUACUAAUAUCCAUGGUUUUUCAAUGGAUUGGUUGGGUUCAUUAUUGGCCGUCAUUGGUUUAAUUUUAUUAAACUUUGUCUGGAAUCAAGGGCCAAUUGUUGGUUGGGAAAAGGCUUACAUCAUUGUAUUAUUGAUCAUUUCAGUCUUUGUUCUAAUUAUUUUUAUUAUCUAUGAGUUGAAGGUUGCCACAGUUCCUCUUUUACCACGUGAAAUAAUGAAGAAUAGAUAUAUGCUGAUGGUUUUGUUGGCCCUAUUUUUGGGAUGGGGUUCAUUUGGUAUUUUUUCAUUCUAUUAUUUCUCUUUCCUCUUAAACUUAAGAAAUUACACUGCAUUAUGGGCCGGUGGUACCUAUUUCAUGUUUGCAAUCUUUGGUAUUGUUGCUGCUCUCAUAGUUGGUUUCACUAUUAAGAAAGCCACUGCUUCCAUCAUUUUGUUUAUAUCUAUGGUUGCCUUUACUGUAGGUACUGCCAUGUUGAGUGUUACACCUGUUAAACAGACUUAUUUCCGUAUGAACCUCGGCACAAUGAUCAUUCUAAGUUUUGGAAUGGAUAUGUCGUUCCCAGCUGCCUCGAUCAUUCUAAGUGAUUUCUUACCAAUGCAAUAUCAAGGUAUGGCAGGUUCUCUUGCCAAUACCAUGGUAAAUUAUUCGAUGUCUCUCUGUCUGGGGAUGGGUACCACUGUUGAACGUCAAGUAAACAAAUCUGGUAAAGAUACAUUAAAAGGCUACAGAGGUGCAGAAUAUCUAGGUAUUGGACUAGCUGGACUAGGUGCAAUCAUCGCAUUCUCAUUCAUGAUUGAAAAAUAUUGGUCUGAGAGAAAGGAAAACCUUGAAAAAUCAAAGAAAGUCGAUUUAAGUUAA